AUGGCAACAAUGGGGAGAUCAUCUUUUCUCUUGACAACCUUAAUAAUUAUCAUGUCUAUUUCAACACCAAUAUCACUAUCACCCAUUCAAAAUUUUCUCAAUUGUCUUUAUCAUAACUCUCAAGCUUUUGAAGUCAUUUACACACCAAACAACACCUCAUUCUCAACCAUACUCAACAUGAAGAUACAAAACAAGAGAUUUAAAUCAGCAACAACACCGAAGCCUUUGGCAAUUAUAACCGCAAAAGAUGCUUCUCAUGUCAAAGCAACAAUUAAAUGUGCCAAAAGUAAUAACAUCCAAAUCAGAAUCCGAAGCGGUGGCCAUGACUUUGAAGGAUUUUCAUAUGUAUCAGACGUGCCUUUUGUUAUAAUUGACUUGUUUAAAAUGAAUUUAGUUGAUGUCAAUCUACAAGAAGAAACAGCAUGGGUUGAAUCAGGUGCAACACUUGGUAAGAUUUAUUAUACCAUUGCAAAGAAAAAUAGUACUCUUGCUUUCCCAUCUGGGAUCUGCUUUAGUGUCGGUGCCGGUGGUCAUUUUUCUGUUGGUGGGUAUGGAAAUUUGAUGAGAAAAUAUGGCCUUUCUAUUGAUAAUAUUAUUGAUGCAAAAAUUGUUGAUGUCAAUGGUAAUAGCCUUGAUAGAAAAUCUAUGGGAGAAGAUCUCUUUUGGGCUAUAAGAGGUGGCGGUGGUGCUAGUUUUGGUGUUAUUCUUUCAUGGAAACUCAAAUUGGUUCAAGUACCUCCACAAGUUACUGUUUUCGAUGUGAAAAGGAAUGUGAAUGAAGGUGCAACUGAUGUUGUCUACAAAUGGCAAUUAAUUGCACCAAAAUUGCAUAAAGAUCUUUUCAUUAGAGUGCAACCUAGAGUUGUUCGAAUUGGUCAAGGGGAUAAAAAGAUAGUGCAAGUUAGUUUCAUUGGUCAAUUUUUGGGGACAAUUGAAAGACUUUUAUCUUUGAUGAGCAAGAGUUUUCCAGAAUUAAGGUUGAAAAAAAGUGAUUGUUUUUCAAUGCCUUGGAUUAAUACCACUCUUUUUUGGUAUGAUAGGCCAAUUGGUACUCCCCUUGAAGCAAUGUUGGAUGAACCAAAAGAGCAUCAAGUAAUUUUUAUUAAAAGUCAAUCAGAUUAUGUGAAGAAACCUAUUCCAAAAGAAGCUAUAAAAUUUAUAUGGAAAAAGAUGAUGGAAGGUGACACUUUAUUUAUGGAAUGGAAUCCUUAUGGUGGAAGGAUGAGUGAGAUAUCAUCAUCAGAAACUCCAUUUCCUCAUAGAGCCGGAAUUUUGUUCUCUAUUGGGUAUAUUCAUUAUUGGAUUGAGAAAUCUCCCGAAUCUAUUGAACAUCAUGUUAACUUUUCAAGGUCGUUUUAUAAAUUCAUGACACCUUAUGUUUCAGAUUCUCCGAGGGAGGUAGCCCUCAACUAUAGGGAUGCUGAUAUUGGCGCGAAUUCUCCAAGUAAUACAACAAAUAUUCACAUUGCUAGAACUUAUGGAAUCAAGUAUUUCAAAAGAAAUUUUGAAAGAUUAAUUAGUGUGAAAAUUAAAGUUGAUCCUGAGAAUUUCUUUAGGUAUGAGCAGAGUAUACCCACCACUAGUAGGGACAGAACUAUGGCUAAUAAAUGGGGGGAACAUGCCCUCACAAACUCAUACAAACUGAUUUAUUUUUUUACUAACUUUUGCCUCCUUUUAUUUUUGUUUCUACUUAAAGUUAAGUAUGGUCCCCAUGUAAAAUUAUUAAAACAUUUUAGUUUUGGAGAAUGA